CGUUCAUGAAAAACAUAAUACAGUUAUUUCAAUGGAUGUAGAUACAGAUGAUCCAGUUAAUCAAGAGCAAGUCAGCAUUGUCAGCAAUAGAUCAAAAAGCUCUUCUAUUUCUGAAAUUUCCGUACCUAAUUCUUUCCAAUCUUCCCAGUUCACAUUAUCGGAAAUACUGAAUAAGAGAGCAAGUUUUGAUAGUGGAGGCUCAAGGAAUAUAGCAAUUACAAACGCACAAAUUUAUAUGAUCUGCAGAGACAAUAUACCAACUAGAAGUAACGGCAACAAUCUGAAACAUGUAUACAAUGAUCAUGUAAACACCGACAUCACGAGAAUUUCUGCGAACUGUACGUUUCUGUUGGCAACUAAAGUAUGGAUUAGUAGUGAUAGACAAAGACAAUGCGCUUACGAAUGGACGAUACAGAAAAGGAUUUAA